GACCCGAGUAACCACACUACAUCAUACUUCUUUAAGUGAUCUAUUUUCGGUUUCGCUUUUCGCUCGACGGUUUCACAAAAUUUUGAAGAUACUGUAGUAAAGUUUUUCAUGAACAUUAAGUUCUAAAUUAUCACAUUUAUAUAGCUUAUUAUGAACGAACAAGAACCUGCUGACCCGCAGUUACAAAAUUUCAUCUUGGCUGAAACACAGAAACAACGUUUUCAGGUGCUGGUUCACAGUCUCACCGACACUUGCUGGGACACAUGUAUGGGCCGACCAUCAAUCCGUCUCGACUCCAAGACUGAAGUCUGCAUCAUGAAUUGUGUGGAAAGGUUCAUUGAUGCCACAACUUUUAUUACUAAACGUCUUAUGAAUACCACCAGGUAUCGCUCUGACGCUCCCCUUGAAUUUCAGUGAGUACAUUAAUAUAAAAAAGACAAUAUGUUUUCUAACUUUAGAAACUAUUUAAACCGCCACAAGAAGAAGUUGCUUGUCACUGGUGCCGUAUUUGGGGGCCUUUAUUUGUUGACUAGUUAUGCCCAAAGAAAACUGCGGGAGUGGCAAGAAAAUGAGGCAAAGAAAUUCUUUGAAAUGACUCGUAAGAAACAACAUUUUGAAAGCACAGAGCGCACUUGCAAUCAGACAAUACUUUCUUUGUCCAAAAUAGUAUCAGAGAGCAUUCUGAAUUUGUUGAACACUGAAGAAAUUGUUCAGAAGCUACAAGAAAACCCAGAUAAUAAAUUGGCGCUAUGGGAACAAAUGAAAAUUAUGAUAUUUACCAGAAUAUGCGCUCUUGUAUAUGCGCUAUGCGUUUUGCAGGUGACGCUUCGAGUGCAGCUUAAUAUUAUUGGUGGUUAUCUCUACAGAGAUUCUGUACAUGAGACAGAGUCACUGAUAGACAGUGAACUACAAGCCAAAUAUUUGUCAUUAUGCCAUCAUUUUGUUGGGAAGGGAGUGGAGGAUUUGGUAAAACAAAUAGAAAAAGCUGUGAAAAGGGUUAUGGAUCCUGUUUCUCUUAAGAAAAAAAUUAAUUUGCGAGAAAUGGAACAAAUGUUUUGGUCAAUACAAACUGUUUUGUGUACUGACACUACUGAAGGUGAUCCAGUACAGAAAAUGGUGCAUUUUCUUGUGGGACACACAGAGUUAAAUGAUGCAAAGCUGGAUACCAUUGUUAAAGAAACAAUGGAUAUAUUGGAAAGUGACGAAGUGCAGUCCAUUACUAUGUCAUCAGUUAGCAGGAGUUUUUCUUCUGUAAUUGAUGAAAUUGCUAAUUUGUUUGCUACUAAAUCUGUGCCUGCAACUAAAAAUCAUUUGGAGAUUGAAGACAAUCAUGUAGUAACAAAUGGAGCUCUAAGACUAGAUGCACUUUCAAAUGCCUUUGUGGAUGUAAAUAAGGCAGAGAUGCACUUAGUGAAAUUAUUGCCGGUAAUACACGAACUUUUUACAAAAAACACUUGCAAGAACAACACUAACAUUCCAGACCUGUUAACACAGCAACUAACCCUGAAUGACAAGCUGAAGCUUCUUGGGGCAAACAUUUAUGAGGUAUUUAGUAGUACUUAGAUUAUUCAAGUUGACUAAUAUGUCAAUGUGGCUAAUAUUUUUCAUCACAACUACUGUAUGGGUUUUGGUUUAGUUUAAACUAGCUAGUAACUUUAGCUGUGUAGUAGGGCAUAACAAUUUAAGUAGUAUAUAAAAAUUUUAUGGGCUCAUUAUGACUCCUAUUCUUGUUACUUGUUUAGCUUCAUGUUUAUAGUGUUUUAAUUGCAGUGUUUGCACUGACGUGAAGAACCAUGCAAAUGUUACGCAUAUGAACCUGAAAUGCGUCCAGUGGUUUUUCCACUUGACAGGGAUAAGGCCCUAACUCACAAAUGUUCUAAUUUACUUCGAUGGACAACACUGUCUAUUUUUUGUCACGUCCACAAAUGUUGCUCUUUUCUUGUUAUCUUUUCACAUUGGUACAUAGUUUAACCUUGUUAACAAUAAUUUUAGUCGUACCAGUGUGGCUUAGAAAUUUAAGUAGAAUUUACAUUAUAAUCCGUAUCCAGAAAGACUAAAUAACCUCGAGUGAAAAAUGAUUGCUCAGGAGGUCGUUGUCGACACUUAAAAGAUUAUACAGCUGUAAUAGUCAUCAGAAGGAUGCAUCAUUAUACGUGAAACCCCCAGUACCCUACAGUGUUCAAAAAUCCUUUCUUUAUCUGGUCUAGACAUUCUGACUAAAACUUUUAAUUAAAACUCCCGAUUUUGUAUGGUUUUGACAUAUUUUAAAGUUCUUCAGCCUGUAAAAAUUGUAAACAGUUAAAUAAAACAUACUAAAUGGGUAAAUAACUAUCUAAAUAGUAUUUAGAUAGUUAUUUACUUCUACAAAUAGUUUAUGUAUGACAGUUGAAGGUAGUAUUAAAUAUGUUAUAUUGAUAUUAAAUAAUAAUAAUUAUUAUUUUCACCUAAAAUAAUAAUAAUUAUUAUUAUUUUAGGCGAAAAUGAACGCUAAUUUGUCAAGUGAUGUGGUUAUAAGGAAUAGUUAUUACGUGCAUUGGAUGUGGUUGGCUGUCCCAGAGUUAUAACGUUUUUAGCUCAUACGCUGAUUGCUGAAGGACUUUCUUGGGACUGUACUAGUUCUACGAUAAUUUUUUUCCUUUCAAGGCAACAUUGCUAGAACCAUUAUAAAUUUGCUUAUUAUAGCGAAGAGCCUUUUGUGGUCGGAUUGUACUUUAGUUGAAUAUGACCAAUAAAAAUUGUUAUUGAUUUAUACAUAUCGGAUCACGGUUUGGGAACUGCAUUGGCCCACGUCAUGGAAGACGGAUAUGAAAGUCCGAUGAUGAUGGGGUCGCGGACAUUACAACCUCAUGAAAGACGGUACGGGCAACUUGAUAAACAGGCAGUCGGAAUAAUGUUUCGAAGCAUCAUUAGUUUUUAGCCGAACGGAAGUUUUGCAUAAUCACCGACCAUAAACUUUUGGUUAGCUUACUUAACCCGGAGAAACCGAUUCCAAACCAAAUAUCGCUCAGAUUGUUAGGACUGUUUUACAACUUAUCGGGUACUAACAGUAUUGUCAAAUAUUAACCGGGCAAGUCGAUUGGAAAUUCGGAUGCUUUAAGCAGGUGGGCAGUGCCUGUUUAGAAGUAUUUUUGCUAGAAGAAAAACCGCUUGGAUUGUACCUGGUGUAAAAACGAUUUCUGAUGGAGCUAAGGAAGAUCGUGUACAACGAAAUGUGCUUUUUAACGUACUUGAUAGCUGGCCGCGCUCUAAUACGACUUGACUUUUACCCAAUAAAGAAUGUUUAUAGUGAGCUAACAGAGUAUAUUUAUGUUAUAUAUCAUACUUUCUAAAUAAUAUUUAUAUUAUUAUGCCUUCCUCGCUCCCGAACAUGGUACUCAAAUUAUUACAAGCUCUACAUGGAAGCAUCGUGCGAACGAAAGCAUAUCCGAGAGGAUACUUUUGAUGUGUAGGCAUGGAUAAGGAUAUCGAGAAGGUGAUGGCUGUAUGUGAAAACUGCCAGUCAGUGACGAAUGACCCAUUUAAGGAUCCACAAAUAUGGAUAAGUCGUGGAGGCGGGUGCACAUUGAUUUUGCUGACCCGUUUCAGGAAAAAUGUUUCUACUCCUAAUAGUUUAAUACAGCAGAUGGCUAGAAUGCACACGUAUUCCGCGCGGACCAACUCGUGCUCGUGCGCGUGUAUGGGCCAGGAAUGAAGUGGGUGAAGGGUUCUGUAGAGAAAGUGGAUGAACCCAAUACUUGUGUGGUGAUAACGGAA